GUGAGCGGAAGGAGGAGGAGAAUCGGGGGGGCUAAAAGGGGUGGAGAAUAGAACUUGAGCGGGGAUGAAGGUUACGUAUAAAUAGGGUAACACGGCGAAGAAAACAGAGUUCAACUUCAUCCCUCUGACGCGCACAACAAAGAUGAAACUCUUCUUGUCCAUUCUCCUCUUUUGCUUCGUGAGCGUAUCGUAUCAAGAAAACAACGUUAGGCCUCCCGUGCCAUACGCUCGUCAAUCCCGCGCUCGUUACGUUCCUCUUUUUUACGCUAACGGUGUUCCAGCUGGCUACGACUUUAUUGACGACAAAAAGGCUGAAGAAAUUCUACCUAGGAACAACAUCAACGAGACGCCCUUGGGUCGUUUAUUCAACAACAUUCUGAAUCCGAUCUCUAAUUUAAUUACGAGGACAUCUACGAUUACUAACACUUUUGUGUCGACGGUAACCACGGCAACCUACACCCACUGUCUACCCAGCACGCAGUUCAAAAUAGCGACAGCUGCUGAUCCAGAUGCCGAUCCGGUCGUCGUUGAAGUUCGUUCCACCGCACCUUGCGCCCGCCGUCGCCGAGAUGUUGCCGAAUUUUUAGCACAAGCCGAUUCUGAAAUCGACAUUCAUCCUGCUGAACCCCUACCGAUUGAGACCAGUGCCGUUAUUGAUACCCCAUCAGAAAGCAGAGAGAUUCAGCCAGCCCAGACGGAACUGUUAUCAUCCAAGUCGGAUGAACUGGUAGAAAAUCCUGAGAUCCGGCAAGGAAGCAAUUCGAACGCGGCCACCAAACUGGUGACUGUUAUCGCCACAAGUUUCACAUUCGUCGCUAAAACUCUUACAUCGACUGCAACAUUGGCCGCAGCUGAGGGGCUGCUUUGUCGUCCACCCGGAUACGCCGUUUGCUGAUCAGGAUGUUCUUCGAUUUUAUUUAAAACCUUUUCUUACAAGCAUAUGAAAUCUUCCCAGUUUUCUAUGCCUUUUUCUCAAAAUGCAUUUCAACUUCAUUUUCCCUGUUUUUAUUCCGUGAUGAUGAAUAAUACACAAGCUUAAGUUAUCUA